GGCAUAGACGCUUCGCUUUAAAUAUUUCAGUUGAAAGGAAAAAACCAUAAAAAAAUUUUCUUAUAUUGCGCAGACACGGAUAUUGAAAGAAGAAAUGAGCACUAUUUCCAAUGUGGAAAAUUUGUCACCUCAAACCAUCCGUCAAGUGAUGAAGGAAAUUCAAAGCAUGGUCGAGCAUCCUUUAGAAGGGAUAAAGAUUCAAAUCAAUGAUGCCGAUGUCACCGAUAUCCAGGCGUCAGUAGAUGGACCGGUUGGUACACCAUACGUCGGCGGCAUUUUUCGGGUUAAAAUAGCAUUAGGCAAAGACUAUCCACAAUCUCCACCAAAAGCCUUUUUCUUAACAAAAAUUUUUCAUCCAAAUGUUGCUAGUCGUGGUGAAAUUUGUGUUGACACUUUAAAAAAGGACUGGAAGCCUGAUUUGGGCGUAAAACAUAUUUUAUUGACUAUUAAAUGCCUUCUAAUUGUACCCAAUGCUGAAUCUGCCCUAAAUGAAGAGGCUGGUAAACUAUUGCUCGAACGUUAUGACGACUAUGCGCAGCGAGCAAAAAUGAUGACCGAAAUUCAUGCGCAAGCGGCCAAAACAGCCGACACAAAACAUGAUGAUAGACCCAGUUCUAAGAAGCAUGCUGUUGAUAAAAAAUUGCAAGAUAAGAAGAAAGAGAAAUUAAUCAAAGAAAAGAAGCGCAUGCUUAGACGAUUAUGAGGCAAAUGUUUAUGCACUGGACGUUCCUAAAUUUUGAACUGUUC